AUUGCAACCCACUCUCCGCAUCACACGGGCCCCGGGGCAUUCAACAUUUAUAUGCAAGUCCUUUGCUGAUCUCUCUUCCCCAAAGGCCUCUCCCUCCCUGAAAUAUCUCUGCCCCGCCUGAGAAACUCAGAGGACUGUGCGACUCUAACGACUUAUGAGAGCGGCCGCGAACACAGUCCUGCGUUGAACAAGGAAAAAAAGGUCCCUUUUUGGCAGCCAUAGAAUGGUCGAAUUCAUCCAGCCGCCGGACCCCCGGACGUUGUUACCUCCUUUCCUGGCCUGUCUACCAGCAGCCUUUGUCUCGAACCGUCCCCCGCCCGCUCUCCUGCCUCUACUAUCGCCCAUCUUGCGCCAGCGCGUUCAGAUACUCAGCUCGACAUCUUCAGGUUCUGAUUCCUGGCUUCAGCUGUUGUCUUGGGAUCCCACCAAAGCAGAGCGCCUUCAGAGCUUGCUAGAUGGCGCGGCCUUUGAGCCGCAUCCUGUCUCGGGAGAAGUAGAGCUCCCAGAUGAACUGCCGGUCGAAUAUAAACGGAUUGACCAGGAGACAUUACGGUCGCGAGUUCCUCUGCCGGAUUUCAAUAUCGCGGUCCUCUAUGUAUGGUGUCCUACCGACCAAGAAGGCGGUGGUCCUGGUUGGAGAGUCGCAGAGUUGCUUCCAUGGGAUGGAUCGGCGGAAGAUGACAAGUCCUGGUUAUUGUCGAUAGCAGAAGCCAACGAGCACGCCAAGGAGAAGGUGGUACAAGAUGCUUUGAAGCAAGCUGAGCAGGUGGACCAAGGAUUGGAGGAUGACGACGACGAUGACUAUUGGGCACAAUACGAUAACACCCCCGGAAGAACACCAUCGAUCAAGACCCCAGCGCCGAAUCCAGUUUCUUCGAUCCACCAACCAGUGGCAUCGGAAGCCUCAUAUUUUGCCCGAUACGGUGAUGUGCAGCCGGCAAUGGAUAAUGAUGACCCCUCAGAAGACAAGGCCGAGUUUGGUGUAUCUUCGCUGAAUGGAGAUACUCUGGCUAGUCUCCUCCAGAGGCAGGUCAGCCAUGUGGGCAAGGACGAAUCCCCUCGGGUGAACGGCUAUGCGCCUGGUGACGCAAGGCAGGAGGAUAUCGCCAUGCUUCUGAAUCAUCCUCGGCCAUCGUCGACCUCGUCAGCCAGUUCCGAUGCGGUCGCAAAGCUCGAACAAGAAGCCGAGAAUCAGUCUUCCGUCGAAACUGGCGUGAAGCAGCAUAUCAGCUCCAAUAUCAAGAGCUUGUUCAGACUUGCGAAGACCACCGGUAUGUCAAGGGCGGAUUUCCAGUCUCUUGUUAAAACGGAGCUGGAGCUACUUAACUUGUCAGACGAUGAUGAGUGAUUUGUAAACCAUGUAUAUUUCUGGAACGAUUCUUCAUUUUCUAUUAAUUGCGUUGGACUGGCUUGCAUUGCGGAGAACUGGGAUAGCUAUGGUGUUCUGUGUCGGGACGGUUCACUACAUGUGGCGUUGCAUAUGAUACUAUUUCCCCAAAGAAUAUAAACAUUUUAAAACUCUCGAAUCCAGUCACUUUGGGCUUGUCGUGCGUUGGUUAAUUGUCGAUUGUUGAUCAUAAUAAGUUGAGAGUCUACUGUAUACGUAGUUACAGGCCGCGUAGGCUCUCCUCCGAAGGGCGCUCGGGCCAGCUGGCUACUACUCCUUCCGCGCUCCCACGCCGCCAGCAACUCAGACAAAGGAACAGGCCAGAUUCCUCACCCUUUCAUCCCCCCUGCGGCAGGAAUUUCGUUUCUUGUUCUUCUGUCGUUUUAUUAUA